UCAUCUCGCAUGCAUUCCAUCCGUCCGAUCCGUCCGUAUGUGUGUAACGCGGCAGCGCGCGAACCCCAACGGGUUGCACUACCGUAUCACUAUGUACUGUGUUGUACAUGCUGGAGGUAAGCCGUGUGCGUAGCUAGCACAAAAAAAAACGGCUUCUACUGCAACGGAUCAGUUCCGAAGCCUCACAGCACAGAUAUGGAUUGGUAAGACGGAGCAGCGCCCGCCAGUAGCAUAAUAUAAAUAAAUAAGACCCUUCGGCAAGGACGGUAGUACAGUCGCGGUAGUGUAACCGGUAAGCAACGAUCGGAUUUUUAUAGUGCUGUUUGGAGUGUGUGUUUUUUUUUCAAAGCGCAACGCUCAAAAGUGCAUCUGCUGAAGUGGUGUUUUGGUGUGGAAAACAAUUAGCUCUUGCUGAACAAAGCGAGCACGGUGAUAAUUGUGUUAGGCCAGUGGCAACGAUAAACAACCACAACCAUGGUGAAUGAAAAGACUAAACAAAGCUAUUGCGUGAUAGGAGCCGGUACGGCCGGACUCUGCGCUGCGCGCCACGCAUUGCAGGCAGGCGGGAGCGUUACCGUGUUCGAGAUGGGCAAACAGCUCGGCGGCACCUGGGUCUUUAACGACGAGACGGGCAAAAAUGAAUACGGUAUCGAUGUGCACUCGAGCAUGUACAAGGGCCUGAAGACGAACCUGCCGAAGGAGAUCAUGGGCUAUCCGGACUUUCCCAUACCGGAGCAGGAAAGUUCGUACAUACCGGCGGAGGAUAUGCUCAACUUCUUUCAGCAGUUUGCCGAAUCAUUUGGAAUCUUGGAACACAUCCGCUUCAGCCACUACGUGGUGCGCGUGAAGCCCACGAUCGACGAACAGGGCUGGGAGGUGAUCGUGCGCGACUGCCCGAACGAUCGGCUGGUGACGUACACGUUCGACUAUGUGCUCGUCUGCAACGGACACUACCAUACGCCGAACCUGCCACGGUACCCGGGCAUGAACGUUUUCCGUGGCAAGCAGAUGCACAGUCACGAUUACCGCAGCAAUGAACCGUUCGAAGGCGAGACAGUCCUUGUGAUUGGGGCGGGCCCAUCGGGAAUGGACAUGGCGUAUGAGAUCUCCAAAAAAGCGGUUCGCGUAACCUUAAGCCACCAUCUGAAGGAUAAGCCCCAGACGGUGUUUCCGAGCAACGUGACACUGAAACCGGACGUACUGCGCCUCACCGAAACCGGCGUGCUGUACGCGGACGGUACCAGCGAGGACUUUAGCGUGAUUUGCUACAGCACAGGGUACAAGUACACCUUCCCGUUCCUGAGCGUCGACUGUGGGAUCACCGUCGAGGAUAACUAUGUGCAGCCGCUGUACAAACACUGCAUCAACAUUCGCUGUCCAUCGAUGGCGUUCAUCGGACUGCCGUUCUACGUGUGUGCGGCCCAGAUGAUGGAUCUGCAGGCACGCUUCUGUCUGAAGUUUUUCAGCGGUGGCAAAGCGUUACCGACGCGGGAGCAGAUGACCGCCGACACGGCGGCCGAGAUGGAGGAGCGCUGGAAGCGGGGUCUAAAGAAACGGCAGGCUCACAUGAUGGGCCCGGUCGAGGAUCGGUACUACGAUGAUCUGGCGCAGACGGCGGACAUUGAGCCGAUUAAGCCGGUGAUCAAGAAGCUGCACAAGAUCAGCGCCAUGCGUUACUCGGAGGAUUUGGUCAACUUCCGCAGCGACAAGUUCCGGAUAGUGGACGAUGAAACGUUCGUGAAGAUUAACUAGCGUGAUGGGUGUCCCUUUCGCUUCGUGCGCUUCGCCUGAGGGAAUGUGAUUUGAUGUACGGUAAGAUAACUGCGCAAUCUAGUACAACUAUGGUAGGGUUUGUGGGGAGUGUGUGCGUAAUCUAUUAUCCAAAUAUAAUCGUAUGAUGUUUAGCUAUAAAA